AUGUUUGAGAAAUUGGCUUUAGCUGCAGAAAAAGUCAAGAAUUCCAGAAAGGGAUGCCUCAACAUCACAUCAGAAGAAGUCGAGAGCCUUGUGUGCCCAAUAAGAUUCGACUCGGACGAGUGCAUAGAAAUAAUGUGCAGAGGUAGCAGGGCAUUCGACUAUAAGUAG